GACAUCCCCUCCCACUCGCUUUGUUUCGUGCUGUAGGACGUGACUGCAUCUGCGUGAACGUUCGCGUUAAAUCAUGGCUAUUGUGUAAAUGGCAAAAACUAUCGUCUCCGUAUAUGACUGAUCCGUGCCAUAUGAUCUCAAGUCAGAUCGAGAGCUGCCUUUAAUUUGAAUUAACCAAGGAUUUACUGUUUUUAUUCGCUGGCUGGGCUGGCCGUAUAUGAAAAUGGACCAGGCGGCGAGCCGCUACCAAGUGUUGCACAAUGAGGAUGAUCCCUCUGAAGGGGCCUCCGGAGCAGAGCCGUCCACAUCCUCCCAGGCCGCUGCCGCCAUCGUGGGCAUCAGCAACCCCGCGGUGGAUACGGAAGCUCCGCCUCCUCCUUAUACCAGCGUAGCGCUCGGAGCAACAGCUGCACCAGAGAGCACAUUUCCGGGGGACUUUCCCGUUCCUCCACCAUACAGCGUUGCGACAUCUCUGCCCACUUACGAUGAGGCGGAGAAGGCCAAAGCGGCAGCCAUGGCUGCCUCAGCGGUGGAGGUCAUUCCACGAGAUGAAGAUUUUCCAGUUCGGGAUGACUUCAGUGACGCUGAUCAGCUGAGGGUGGGAAAUGAUGGAAUCUUUAUGCUGGCCUUCUUCAUGGCCUUUCUGUUCAACUGGAUUGGGUUUUGCUUGUCUUUCUGUUUGACCAACACCAUUGCUGGCCGAUACGGUGCCAUCUGUGGCUUUGGCCUUUCUCUUAUCAAAUGGAUCCUCAUUGUGAGGUUUUCAGAUUACUUUACUGGAUACUUCAAUGGGCAGUACUGGCUCUGGUGGAUUUUCCUUGUUCUUGGUAAGUUGUUUUCCUGUGAUAUUAAGCAUUAGUCAUAAUUUACUCAC